AUGGCUUCUGGUAGGAGUUCUUCUCUGUGUUCCAUAUGGGUGAUUGUCCUUCUUGUGGGUUUCACCGGGAGCUCUUCUGCUCAGCUCUCUACAAAUUUCUAUUCGAAGAGUUGCCCUAAGGUUUUUUAUGCAGUCAAAUCUGUUGUGCAGUCUGCUGUGAACAAAGAAAAGCGCAUGGGAGCUUCCCUCCUUCGCCUUCACUUUCAUGACUGCUUUGUUAAUGGUUGUGAUGGGUCUGUACUGCUGGAUGACGCUUCUUCCUUCACAGGAGAGAAGACUGCAGCUCCCAAUAAUAACUCUCUUAGGGGAUUUGAGGUUGUGGAUAAGAUUAAGUCCCAAGUGGAAAAAACAUGUCCUGGCGUCGUUUCAUGUGCUGAUAUUUUAGCCAUUGCUGCUCGAGACUCCGUUAAGAUUCUUGGAGGACCAAGUUGGAAUGUUAAACUUGGAAGAAGGGAUUCCAAGACAGCUAGCCUCACUGCUGCCAACAGUGGAGUCAUCCCUCCUCCCACUUCUACCCUCAGCAACCUCAAAACUAGAUUCCAAGCUGUAGGUCUCAAUGAAAGGGACUUGGUAGCCCUAUCUGGAGCGCACACAAUCGGGAAAGCAAGGUGCACAUCUUUCAGAGCUCGCAUAUACAACGAGACCAACAUUGAUGCAUCAUUUGCCAAGGUCAGGCAAAGCAAAUGCCCAAGUACCGCUGGCUCAGGAGACAACAACCUUGCACCUUUGGACGUCCAAACUCCCGACACUUUUGACACUGCUUACUUCAAGAACCUCAUCAACCAAAAGGGCCUCCUCCACUCUGACCAAAUUCUCUUCAACAAUGGUGGAUCCACAGAUUCAUUGGUUAAAACGUACAGCGGCAGUGCCAAUACCUUCAAUUCUGACUUUGCCAAGGCAAUGAUCAAGAUGGGAGAUAAUAAGCCACUCACUGGAUCCAACGGUGAGAUUAGAUUGAACUGUAGGAGGCCUAACUAG